CAAAUAUAGAGACGAGCCAAGAAAACUAGCCGUUGGGAGUCACCACUGUGAAUAAGAAAAUAGGUCAUUUUCUGAAAACCAUAACGUUCCAAUCUUCAUCUUCUAUAACCAAUUUACAUCUCUCCAUUCUACAAACAUUCAUACAAAAACAACAUCUUUCUUUUUUUGUUUCAAGAAUAGUGAAGAAAGAGGGUUUUUUUUCCUCUGUUUUUAUAGGUAAAAGAAAUGGGUGAAUCUUCUUCUUCUUCAGCUUGUCUGGUACGAUCCUUUUCUCAGCCUUCUCAAGAACGUACUGAGGGAGACCCUUUAUAUCGUGCAUUAUCAACAUCAGUAUCAUUUGGAAGAUUUAUGUCUGAAUCGCUGGACUGGGAGAAGUGGUCCUCAUUUACUCAUAAUCGGUAUCUUGAGGAAGUUGGGAAGUAUGCAAAGCCUGGUUCAGUUGCUGAGAAGAAAUCUUACUUCGAGGCUCAACACAAAAAGGCAGCUGCUAAAAAAGCUGCAUUGUUGCUAGAGCAACAAAAUGCAGCAGUUGAUAAGUCAUCUGAUCUGAAUGUGACUAAUCAAAACAAUGAUCAUUACACAGGGAACUCUGAAUUAACAGAGCCAAGCAGUUGUGUGGGUAUUGAAGAAACACAAAGAGAAGAGGGAGAGUUGAAUGUGACAACUCAAAUUAUUGAUAUGGAAUCAGAGCUCACUGAGAAUGGCAGCUAUGAAGGCACUGAGGAAGCGCUGGGAGAUCAGGAUCCUUUAAAUGUGACAAAUCCAACUGUUGAUCAUUGCACAAUGCGCUUUGAGUUGCCUCAGAAUAGAAGCCAUAUGGGUAUUGAAGAAGUGCAGGGAAAUGAGGGGGAUAAUACAACAACAUGUGGCAGCUAUCCUAUUCAUGAAGAAAUUAACUUGGAAACUACUGGAACUGAAAACUCUAUCAAACAAUCUUAUCCAGUAGAGAAUGAACUCAAGUCACUGAAUCAGCAGGAGAAUGUUGUUGUUGUUGUUGAGGUAAGUGAGAAUGUACAGCAACUGAAAGAGAAGACACAAACAAAGAAUGUUGCUAUGGAGGGAGACUCCAUGUUGUCAACGAAGAAGAAACCAAAGAAACCAUUAACCUUAACGACUAGAUUGACAACUAAGAAUGAUUCGUCAAAGUUCAAAUCUCGUGUCAAACCGGUGACAGCUCUGCAGCCUAUAGCCACUGAUAAAUCUGCUCCAACUAAUAGAAGCAAUGGAAAAGUCAUGAUUGACAAAAAGAAGUCAAAUCCAAAAUCUCGUCAAAUGUCAAUCAAGUUUUUUUCUCACAGAGAGGAAACAAAGAAACUAAUGUCUCCAAUUCUUGAGAAGAUAGUGAAUUCAAGAUUUGUAAGAUCCAUCACCAAAACAUCUAGAGACAGCAAAAUUCAACAGACUUCAACUCUGGCAUCAGUGAGUGGGAUAUCAAAGCGUCCUCCUGAAGCCCCUCAACGAGCAAAUAAAAGGUAUAGAACGAAGCUUGACCAAUCAUUGUCUAGAAGCAGGAAAGAAGAGGGUGAAUUGGUAUCACACUCAAGAAAUCUCAAAUCAAUAAACAAGCAUGGAAAUGUAGCAUGUUCUUCCCCUACUGUAUUUUCUCCGUUCAGCUUAAGGAGUGAAGAAAGAGCAGCAAAGCGAAGAGAGUUCUUUCAGAAGCUAGAACAAAAAUUGAACACAAAGGAGGCAGAAAAAGAGCAGCAACAAGCAAAACCAAAGGCAAACGCCACCAGUAGUUCUAAAGUGCUUAUUUCAAGAGCUAAACCAAAUCCAAGCAUUCAUCAUGAAAGAGAAUCAUCUAGUAAUCAAAUGAAGAAGGGAAAAGCCACUAGUAGUUCUAAAGUGCUUAUAUCAGGAGCUAAACCAGAUCCAAGCAUUCAUCAGGAAAGAGAAUCAUCAAGUAAUCAAAUGAAGAAGGAGAAAACCACUAGCAGUUCUAAAGUGCUUACAACAAGAGCUAAACCAAAUUCAAGCAUUCAUCAGGAAAGAGAAAUAUCAAACAAUCAGAUGAAGAAGGAAAAAGCCCCAACUAGUUCUAAAGUACAUACAACAAGAGCUAAACCAAAUGUGAUUCAUCAAUCAAGAGCUGAAUCAAAUGCAAGCAUUCAUCGUGAAAGAGAACCAUCAAGUACUGCGCUUAAUCAUCAAUCAAGAGCUGAAUUAAAUGCAAGCAUUCAUCGUGAAAGAGAAUCAUUAAGUAAUCAAAUGAAGAAGAUGCCACGACAACCUUGCUCUCCUAAAUUCAGUGGGAAGCCAGUGUCAGAAGUCCUAGACAUCAAACCUCAAAAGCAUUGGAGGCUUUCAGGGAAGCCUGAGGGAACAAAAGAUGUUAAAAGGGAAAACAACCUUUCAAGGCUUUCAGGGAAGACUGAGGGAUCAAAAGAUGCUAAGAGGGAAAACAACCUUUCAAAUCAUUUCCCAGUGAAAGGUAGAUCAGACAAUCCCAAGUCAUUUAUCUGUGAGAGUAUGUUGGAAAAUGCUUCUCCAAAUAUCCAAGUUUAAGACAGACUGCUGCUGAUCCAUAAAGAGAGCAUUUUCCCAACAUUUAACAAAAUGUUGCUGCUUUUCAAUUUUGAACUUUCAGGGGCCAUAAAUGUGUGCAUACAAGGCUGUUAAGACAUUGCUUCAAAUGUCUAAUGCAAUAGGGUGUCCAGUUUGUGUUACUACUCGAGUGGUGAAAUUCUGCAUGUUUCCGUAUAUCAAUAUUUCCUAUUGACAUAACAACGGAAUGUAUUAUAUGAACGUUAGGUCUUGUCUGAAUUUGUAAACUUCAACAAUAUUCCUAUAUAUGCAACUAGUACAGAAUAAUAUUUCUCCCAAGAGUUUGUGACAGAAC